AUGCUCGACCUGAAAUUUCAAUCCGUUCAAAGUAUUUGGACAUCGAAAUGCGGCAUCUUCAACUUCAAUCGAAACAUUCACAUGGAGAAGAUUCACAUUUCUGAUGAUGAUAGAAUUAUAUUUGCAAAAUUGACGAUACCCGCGGAACCAGACCUGUUGCCCAUCAAUGUGCUCAACAUCUAUGCGCCUGCGGAUUCAUCUCAGAACAGAGCCAUUUUCUACAACAGCCUUAUGAACUACAUCAAGUUUCUUGAUUCAUACGGUGACAUAUUGGAGCGUUUGAUUUUGGCGGGCGAUUUCAACUUUCAAUACGACCUUCGUUUGCCCAACAACGCACCCACCAAACGACCAACAGCAUUUGUCUUGUUUACGGAUACUUUCUUUCAUGAUUGUAACAACAACUACAGUGACUCCUUCUUUGAAACUCUUCCAACCUUUCGACGGGGCAAGGUCAUUAAAACGCUUGACUACAUCAUGGUGGGCCGCCAGCUGAAGGAUCUCUACUUUGACAAUAAUAUUCAGCACGUCUUUUCGGCGUGGACUGACUAUGCUUUACUGACCAUCAAGCUGCGUCUUCAACUCAACAACACGGGCAAAGGGUUAUGGCGGGCCAACCCCAACCUGGUGCACUACAAGUCCUAUGUAAAGAAGAUCAACUCUGGUAUCAGCCACUUCAUGCAGACCAUCCUUGCUAACUCCUCAGAUAGCAAUCAGAUCAAAUGGGACCGUUUGAAGGGCUACAUCCGGAAAUUGACUAAAGCUUACUGCAGUAACCGUGCCUCCUGGAGGAAACAGCGUCUCAAGGAUCUCCAAAGCUCUCGGAGUCAGCUCAUCCGUCAGUUGAAAGAUGAUCAGGAAGCAUUGCAGCAGGAACUUCCCAAAAUUGAGAAACCUAUAGCCCGGCUGGAACAUGAGAUGGCUCUCAAUGCCACUCUCAAAGCUGGUAGACUUUGGCUAGACAACAACGAACACUCGAUCGGCUUCUUGAAGAAGACGGGUGAAAGGCGUCUUGCUCAACGGACAAUGGACACUAUCACUCACCCAACGACAGAAGUUCCCUGUACUACCACUGCGGAUAAGCUGGAGGCGGUUCAUGCUUACUAUGAUGUGCUGUACUCUCCCGAGCCAACUCAUCGUUACUCUAUGGACAAGUUGCUCAGAGGUAUCCAGAAUACAAUUUCCGUGGACGAUGCUGAAUUCAUCAUAUCUUCCAUUGACUUGGAUGACAUUCUGAAAUCAGCUCGCCAGUGUCCGAAGGUAUUCACCAGGACCUUGAACUCAAGGGUCAUUGGUGCGGCCAACAAGGUCAUCACUGGACAUCAAGCAGGCUUCAUGCCUACGCGAUUUAUUGGUGACCACGGUCUGGCUCUGCGACUCCUCAUGGAGGACGCCCAAUUACAUUCCAAUCGUUCUGUUGGUGUUAUAAUUGACAGUGCCAAGGCUUACGAUUAUGUAAACGAACAGUAUAUUUGCAAGGUGCUCCAGAAGUUUGGUUUCCCCACUACAUUCAUUACCAGUGUUUGUAAUCUGUUCUUUAAGACCAAGAUUGCGAUCAAUGUGAAUGGGUUUAUGACGGAAUCAGUGUCUCAAAAGCGUGGGCUUCGUCAGGGCGACUCCAUCUCCCCGGUGCUGUUUAACUUUGCUCUGGAACCUCUUCUGCUGGCUAUUCUGAACGAUGAGAAAAUCAAGGGAUACUCUAUCCAUACUGCUGCUGUCAAGUCGUCUUCCCUGCAAUUGGUGGCGCCCGCUCCUGUCAAAUUGCUGGCUUAUGCCGAUGAUCUGCUGGUACUCGUCAAUAAUUGUGCAGAAAUGCAGGCCAUUCAAGACCACAUCUCAUGCUAUGGUCGAGCGUCUAAUGCCCGGGUCAACUACCACAAGUCCGUCGCCUUCCCUUUGGCUGGAGAUAGGUCCCGCGUGGGUCCUGACUUGUUUCGCCUCUCUGGUCGUCUCCAAUUUCAAUGGUAUGACUCGGAUAGUCCAUCUUACAUCAAGUAUCUUGGAUAUUCUAUAUGGUUCAGCAAAGCCCAGCGAGAUGUCUUCUGUAACGAAACUAUCCUCAAGCUUCAAGCCUCCCUGGAUAGACAUCGAACAAGAAGCAUUUCUGUCUACGGUCGUGCAAACAUGGUAAAUUCGUUGUUCUUAGCUCGCUUUUGGCACAUGCUGCGUGUCACUACCCUGCCCACCGCUUUUGAGCGAAAGAUCUCUUCCUUAGUGUACCAAUUUGCCUGUCAUAAGAUUGUACCCACCAUAAAGAAAUCCGUCAUAUAUCUGCCAAAGCAUGUCGGUGGUCUAAGCGUCAUUGAUAUUAAGGUGCAACAGCACAUCUUGCAACAACGCUAUGUUCGCGCUUUACUUUUGGAUAAUCAGGUCUCUCGCCCCAUUCCUGCUUUCCUCAUGCAACUGCUAUGCGCGUUCAUACAGGCCAUCUAUGGGGCCUCCCACCCUCAGCUGCCAUUGCUGUUCCGUGACCUACGUUUUGGAACCUCAUUGCCUCACCAACACUGCUUGCUACCAAUCCUCCGCUCGAUGGAUGCCUUUGCUGUUGAAGCGUCUUGGUCUGAUUGUGGUUUGUCGGUGGAUACGUUGUUACAGUUGCCUAUAACAGUGCUCUUUGAUCCGGCAACUACCGAUCCCAGUCUUCUGUAUCACAAACAGUUCCGUCAGUUGCCUGCCCGUGUCUUCCUCGAACAAAGUCGUCUCCCUGAGGCCUUGGUGUUCAAAGCAAGAGCUGCCUGCUCCAGCCCCGGCCUUCUCUCUAGAAUGGCCGCGGCCGUACACUCCAACACCAUCCACUUUGUGUCUUCCCUUUGCCCCAUUCUUCUUGCCAAUCCUGCUGGUCCUGAGCCAUUACUUGUCACCGGUGUAGGUGUUGAUCUGUCGCCCUACUAUUGUCACAAGCUCUCCUACCAAGGUAUUAUGAUUCCGUCCAUGUCUAAUACCGAGCUUCGUGCAAUGUGCAUGCGCGAUCACCCUCCAAUAACCAACCCUCGGGUAGAUGUAAACCGACUCACCGUGGCCUCUUUUCUUCAAACGAAAAUGCCCAGUGCAGCUCGUAAUCUUUGGUUCCGGUUGAUUCAUAAUAAGGUCUCUUCCAGAGUCAAUGUGUACAAGAUCUUCAAGCUACCAGAUGGUCUUUGCGUGUAUUGUGGCUACCGUGAGACUACCACUCACAUGCUCUUUACUUGCCCUGCCAAUCGGGACAUUUGA